UCAGGUACCACACUCAUAGGUAACAGAAUGCUCAUCAGAUCCGACUGGGCUCCCUCCACAGCUAUAAGGUUGCCUGCCUGCUGCACAGAAAUGACGAAGGACAAAAGCUGCCCAGGGUUGAAGAAGAAGUCUCAGUCAGUGGAUAUUACUGCACCAGGGUUCAGCCCUUUGUCUGGGGCUGGAAAGCAAACUCCACAAGCCAGUAAGCCCCCUGCACCCAAGACCCCCAUCAUUGAAGAAGAGCAGAACAACACAGCAAAUGCCCAGAAGCAUCCUUCCCGAAGGAGUGAACUGAAGAGGUUCUACACCAUUGACACUGGCCAAAAGAAGACCCUAGACAAGAAAGAUGGGAGAAGAAUGUCUUUUCAGAAGCCUAAAGGGACUAUUGAGUAUACUGUUGAAUCAAGAGAUUCUUUGAACAGUAUAGCCCUGAAAUUUGAUACAACACCCAACGAACUUGUUCAGUUAAAUAAGUUAUUCUCUCGAGCAGUUGUUACCGGACAGGUUUUAUAUGUUCCUGAUCCCGAAUAUGUCUCCAGUGUUGAGAGCUCUCCAUCGCUAAGCCCCAUAAGUCCUCUGUCACCAACAUCAUCAGAGGCUGAAUUUGAUAAGACCACUAAUCCUGAUGUAGUCCACCAGAAGGAAGCAACUUCCUCAUCAACGUUUGCAGGUAUUCGACCUACACGAGUUGUAUCUUCAACUUCUGAAGAGGAAGAAGCAUUUACUGAGAAAUUUCUUAAAAUUAAUUGUAAAUACAUUACCAGUGGCAAGGGCACAGUCAGUGGUGUGCUGCUAGUUACACCAAAUAAUAUAAUGUUCGAUCCACAUAAAACUGACCCCUUGGUUCAAGAGAAUGGCUGUGAGGAAUAUGGCAUCAUGUGUCCAAUGGAAGAGGUGAUGUCAGCUGCAAUGUACAGAGAAAUUUUGGAUAGCAAAAUAAAGGAAUCCUUACCCAUAGAUAUAGAACAGUUAUCAGUAAGAGAUUUCUGCCAUGUAAAGAAAACAAGAGGUAAUAUUGAUGAAAUAGACCCAAGAGUCCGUGAUGCAGGAAAUGAUAGUGCCAGCACUGCUCCCAGAAGCACUGAGGAGUCUUUUUCUGAAGAUGUGUUUACAGAAUCAGAACUCUCUCCUAUUCGAGAGGAGCUUAUCUCUUCAGAUGAGCCACGGCAAGAGAAAUCUUCUGGUGCAUCAUCAGAAUCCAUGCAAAAUGUCAAUCAGACUGCAACAGAAUGUAUGACAAUCACAUCAGAGUCUGCUAGUAUUCCUGACCACUUAAAAUCCAACGUUGGACGUUCUGCAAAUGAAAUUGAGACUCUGUCUCAUAAAAAAGAUUUAAAUAAUGUUGAAAUGGCCAUAAAGGAAGGAGCUCAGGUUACAAAUGAUUCUGAAGAAAUAACAGAUUCUAAAGAACAAAGCACAAGUAUAAAAGGUAAUGGGGAGCAGAAUUUUCUUCUUACUGAGAAUUCACUACACCAAGGAGAGAGUGAAAAAGAAAGUAUGCCUUGUGGGGAAGUAAAAGAAUUCAAACAAAAGCAAACUAUCAACAAAGGAAAACUAGGAAAGGAGCAAAAUCGGGACUCAGAGACAGAGGUAGAAGAGCUACGCAAACUCUGGAAAACUCAUACUCUGCAACAAACUAAACAACAAAGGGACAAUAUUCACCAGGUGUCACAAAAAGAAACUAAGCAUAAAAUAACAACUGCUGAUGGACAUGUAGAAGGUUCAGCACUAUUAAAAGAAAAGAGAAGGCAUCGAUUACAUAAAUUCUUAUGUCUCAGAGUUGGAAAACCAAUGAGGAAAACAUUUGUAUCUCAAGCAAGUGCAACAAUGCAACAAUAUGCCCAGAGAGAUAAGAAACAUGAAUAUUGGUUUGCUGUGCCACAAGAGAGGACAGACCACUUGUAUGCCUUCUUCAUUCAGUGGAGUCCAGAAAUAUAUGCAGAAGAUACUGGUGAAUAUACUAAAGAACCUGGAUUUAUAGUAGUAAAGAAGAUUGAAGAGCCUGAAACAAAUGAGGAUUCUACUAAUGAAGCAGCAGCCAGAGAAUGGGAGGUAGUGUCAGUGGCUGAGUAUCACCGCAGGAUCGAUGCUCUAAAUACUGAAGAACUGCGCACACUCUGCAGACGACUCCAGAUUACUACAAGGGAAGACAUAAAUUCAAAGCAGGUCACUCCAGUAAAAGCAGACCUGGAGACUGAUUCAUUUCGACCAAAUCUAAGUGAUCCCAGUGAACUCUUAUUGCCAGAUCAAAUUGAAAAGCUGACCAAACAUCUUCCACCAAGAACAAUUGGCUAUCCAUGGACUCUCGUUUAUGGUACUGGGAAGCAUGGUACAAGCUUGAAGACCCUAUACCGAACAAUGUCAGGUUUGGACACCCCAGUGCUGAUGGUGAUUAAAGACAGUGAUGGCCAGGUUUUUGGUGCAUUAGCAUCUGAGCCAUUGAAAGUGAGUGAUGGCUUCUAUGGUACUGGAGAGACCUUUGUUUUUACAUUCUGUCCAGAGUUUGAAGUCUUUAAGUGGACAGGAGAUAAUAUGUUUUUUAUCAAAGGAGACAUGGAUUCACUAGCUUUUGGUGGUGGAGGGGGAGAAUUUGCUCUUUGGCUUGACGGAGAUCUCUACCAUGGAAGAAGCCAUUCUUGUAAAACAUUUGGGAAUCAUACACUUUCUAAGAGGGAAGAUUUCUUUAUCCAAGACAUUGAAAUCUGGGCUUUUGAGUAAAUAUAAUGCUCUCUGUCUUAGCAGGAUAAUGCCCAAACCUGACAUGGACAAGCAUUGUUUUGAAAGUUCAAGUAGCAAUACAAUGUAGCAUGUCACCAAUGUUUUAGAAUUAGUCUGUAUCACCAUUUAGUACAGCUCUAAUUUUGGGGUUUUUUUUAAAUCAUGUUUCUGUCCCAAAGUUGUUUAGGUUUAGACCAUGGCCUGGGUCCAUGUAGCAUAACAUCUUGGGUUUGGUCAGAAUUUUGGCAUCAUUUUGAUCAUAGUGACCCCCUCAUCUAUAGUCCAUGUUAUUGUGAUCUCCUAAUAGGACGGUGCUCUUUUGUUGAACCUGUUUUGGUUUGUUACUUGUUUUCAUUGAUUCUUUAAUAGAGCAGUCUAACUGGAACUUUGAGGGAAUGAAGACUAGCUAGAUAUUACUUCAUCACUAUGAGGUUGCCACAGGUGACUUUUGGAUAUGCUCAACUUAGUUACUCUUACGAAUGAGAACUACAUGCCAAAAUAAUGCAUACUCUGUAGACACUGAGUUCUAGUUUCAAUUCACAUUACACCAUUUUAUUAAUUUUGAAGAUAUUCUCAAUUUCAUUUUACUAAAGAUGAAAUUUGAGGAGAAUUCUGGUUGAAAUAGACCAUACUGCAUAUGAUCUGCAGGUUUGGGCAUAUACUUUCAUUAUUGAAUUAUCUGAUAAAGAUUUAUAAAAUGACAAAGGAGAAUGAGAACUUGAUGAUUCUAUUGGAUUUACUAUAUUAAGCAAGAAAAUACAGUAUUUACAUAUUUGUAGCUUAGCAGGGCAUUAUCAUAAGCAUAAAAUUAUGAAACAGAUCCAUAUUUCUUCAAUAUUGUGUCAGAUAUACUGUAUAAUUCUUUUGUUUUAGCAUUAUUGCACACCAACUCCAAAAAUAUAGUUUAUUCCUGUUCAAAAGGAAAAAAAACUUGUGAUUUUAUUUUUCAAUUGAGUGAUAUAUGUUAUUGAUUACCAUUAGCAUUUAUAGCUGACAAUAUUGUAACUCAGUAGACUUGUAGAAUAUGCAAACUUACUGUCAGGUGACCUCAAAAAAAUGAAAAGAUAGACUAUUACUAGUAGUUAUUAUCCUCUUUUGUAGGAAAACCAAUAAUAAGUCAUUUGGCAAUAAUUCAUCAGUUAAUUUCAAGCUUCAUGUUAUGCAAAAAAAAAAAAAAAAUCCACAAAAACCCUGCUGUUAUACAUGUGACAGUGACUUUGUGCUGAAAUUUCAGCUAUUCCAGAUAAACAUUGUAAAUUAUCUUGUAAAUUAAUGUUUAAAGGUAGUUUUGUUCUUAUAGAAAGUGUUGAUUGCCAGGUUGCUUAUAGCACUUUGAAUUAUUCUGAAAAUGAAAUUAUAAGCCAAGUAUGUUGGCUUCAGUAGUUUUAGUUGUAUAGCACUUGAAUAUAUUUAGUUCUUUUGAAAGUUCAAAUAAUUAUCUGAAGACAGCAUAAUGCUAAUGGGAAAAAAAUCUGAUGUUCUAUUAUAAUAUGCUAUUGCUGAAUAUGAAUAGAAAUCCAGGGCAUCUUUUUCUUGUCUAUGUAAAGCUCUCUCAGUAUAAGUUAGUAACAGUACAUAGAUUAAAUGUUUACAAGAUAAGCAAUUGUAAAUAAAUAUAUCAGUUGUUUUUAUUUUUCCUUCUUUUGGUCUUCCACAGCAGUAUUAAUUGUCUUUGUGGAGUUAACUAACCACAAAAAAAAGAAAGAAAGAAAGAAAUCCUGUAAUUGAUUUCAAUUACGAUAAGGUCAUAGCAGUGUAUACCAAAUAAAAUUAAAUAUAUAUAUA